AUGCGGUCCAUGGUGAGACUGGGAGGACCGGGAGGACCGGGAGGACUGGGACGACUGGGCCCGGUGCUCGGUCAGCGCUGGUUCCGAGUGUUCGCGCUGUGUACAAGUUUACAAAGGAGACUCAGGUGCUCAUGGAGGGGACACUCACACACCCACCCCUCAGUGCAGGCGUAUGUUCAACAGCUCAUGGAGGAGUUCACACUGUUGGACCAGAGGUUGGACCAGAGGUUGGACCAGAAGCAAGACCAGAAGCAAGACCAGAAGCCGGACCAGAGGCGAACAUUUGUCCUGAGCGAGUCUGAGCGCAGGGCCAUGGUCCUCAGACAUGCCGAGCUGCAGCCUCUGGCCAAGGCCUGGAGCCGUGUUGAGCAGACACGCAGAGACCAUGAAGAGGUGCUAGCUCUCCUACAAGGAGCCGAGGAGGAGGACGAGCAGAUGAGCGAGCUGCUGAAGGAAGAAGAGGCUCAGCUGUCUCAGAUCACCCACACGACCAAACAAAUGGUGAAGUUGUUAGUUCCGGUGGACCCUCUGGACGACAGUGAUGUGAUCUUGGAGGUGGUGUCCGGACGCACAACUGGAGGGGACAUCUGUCAGCAGUUCACCAGAGAGGUCUUCCACAUGUACCAGGGAUACGCCCACAGCAGGGACUGGGACUGGGAGGUCGUCAACUACACACCCUCGGAUUUUGGCGGGCUGCACCACGCCGCCGUGCGCAUCUCUGGGGACGCGGUGUACCGACAUCUGAAGCACGAGGGCGGCACACACCGGGUGCAGAGGAUCCCAGAGGUCGGCCUGUCCUCCAGGAUGCAGAAGAUCCACACGGGAACCAUGACUGUGAUCGUGCUGCCGCAGCCGCCGGAGCUGGACCUGACCAUUGAUCAGAAGGAGCUACGUGUGGACACCUUUAGAUCCAGAGGAGCGGGAGGACAGAGCGUCAACACCACGGACAGCGCCGUGAGGCUGGUGCAUCUGCCUACAGGCAUCUCGGCGGAGUGCCAGCAAAGCCGCUCGCAGCUGCAGAACCGCGACACGGCCAUGCGGGUGCUCAAGGCGCGCCUGUACCAAAGCAUUGUGGGACGGGAAGCGGAGCAGAGGAGCACAGCCCGCAAGCAGCAGGUGGGGAGUCGCUCUCAGUCGGACCGGAUCCGCACCUACAACUUCAGCCAGGACCGUGUCACUGACCACCGGACCGGACACACCUCCAGGGACAUCAAAGAGUUCAUGAGAGGAGGAGAGGCCCUGCACGAGCUGAUCCAGGAUCUGCGGCAACACGCACAGACAAAGGCUCUCAUGGACAUAGUGGAAGCAAGCCUCAGGGUGAGACAGGGGUGA